CUCCCUCCCUCCCUCCUCUUUAAGACAAGGUCUCAUGUAUUCCUAGUUGGCGUAGAGCUCACUGUGUGUCCCAAAGAUGACCUUGAACUCCAGCCUCCAGAAUGCUGGAAUUACAAGCAUGCCUGACAAGAGUUGUUUUUAUUUGGUGCUGGGAAUAGAACCCAGGGCCUAGUGUAAGACAGGCAAGCACAUUGUCAACUCCAUUCCUUAGCCCCUAGGCUUUUCCUUUCAAAAGCCACCAUUCAUCCCUUUACAUGGGCUUCAUUCACAAAAUAUUCACGAGUCUAUUGUGGGCUUGUAUGCUAUUUUAAACAUAAUUUCUGUUUGUGUAUUUGAAAGUGAAAAUAAAAGCACUUACCAGGGAGGGGAAAGCAGCCUGGAGGUGCCCUCCCACCCCAGCACAGACUUAUCUUGUUUUUUUGGGGAGCCUGAACUGGUAAGGCCCGAUCCUUAGCCUGGGGGAAAGUGGAGGGGGGCCAAGAUAAUGACAUAAUUAAGGCUUGUGGCCCGGCACUUUUGAUCUUCAAGGACCAGAGCCCACAUGGCUGAGGCUCCAUUUGGGUUAAUUGCCCAGAACCAAGAAAGCUUUGCCCAGAGAUAAAGGGAAACUGGUGUUUCAACAUUACAAAUUGUUCUGGGAUGGCUCUGGCAAAGCCUGGAUGCCUGGGGCCCAGCUGGCCUCACCUUUACAGAGAGGGUCCUGUGGUUGCUGGGGACUGCUGGGUGUGGAGACCACCUGCAGGACGAAGCAUCACCGGCUUCCACUUUUGUUGUUUUUCCAGAUAAAGGGAGGCGAGAAUUCUACCAUUGAACCACCAAUCGGAAUUCAGGGCAAGCCAGGGACAGAUUACACCAAGACCAAAGUCAAGCAGCAAAGAGCGGAAGGACCUUCUACGUGCGUCUUCUUGGGGGGUGUGGCAGUGGUGCGGUAUACAGACCUGGAGCUAUCCAUUUAUACUGCCUUCACAUUCUUGCCUAAUACAAAUGCAACCUGGGCCACUCUGUAAUCUUGGAUCUCCCAAGGGAUGGUGCUUGGGACUCAAUCUCACCUGUUCUAUAGAGAUGGGAAGGGGGUCUAAGUCCCUCUGCCUCAGCGUGGCUGUUUGAAAUUAUUUCACAGGGCAAAAGACCGGCAUCGGCAUCGGUAUCAGGACUCAGUAUCGAUCCUUGCAGCUAAUGAGUAACAGUGGCUGCAAUAAUUGAGCACCAAUAAUUGAGUUCCAAGCAGUUGAAGGGCACUAGCUAGGUGGAUGAGUCUCUAGUGAAAGGGUGUGCUUUUACGUUUAAAAUGCUGAGCAAUUUGGAUGGAUUCCCUCCAUUUCAAAGCCGUGUCUACGCUUCCCUGUGUACUCGGGAUCAUGGGUUGAGAGGACACCAUCAAGGGUUAGAUGUUACCUGGUCACCCCAGCUGCGCAGCCUCUCUCUUGAGCUAUUUGAAACACUUGACACUUUAAUUACGGGCGGGAGGACACGUCGAGCUGUGCCGGGGGCACUGGAGACAGGCCGGAAGCAUCCGCUCUGGGGGCGACCGGACAUCCCGGUCACCGCCAGGUGCUCCUUCUGGUUCCCCUCCCCACCUUUCCAAGAUCCCAGCUGCUGUCCGCCUACUUCCUCCAGGGACCCUCUAGUUGACCCCAGGCGUCCACAGUCCCUAAGACGAUCCUUCUAGUUGGGACUGGAUUUUGGGGGAUGGGUGCGGGUCUUUCUCUCGUACCCAGCUCGGAGGGUUGUUCUCAGCUGCUGGGGCCGGGAUGCCCCAAGGAGCCUGGAGCGACGCACCUACAGGCUAGGGCAGCAGCCGCCCACACCUCCUCCGACUCUAAAGUAUAUUUAGCUUCAUUAUCAAAUGUUUGCAGUGAACCGAGUGAACCGCCUAAUAGCGGCUGGAAGUGAAACUCGAAUCCCAGCCAGGAGGAAGCACGUGAUCUCUCCCACCAGAAGGGAUCACGGAGGCGCGGGCGGGACAGGUGCGGUGGCCUCCAGCGCAUGCAACCCCGUCAGCUCGGAUUGGUCUCUUGGUUGUUCUUUGGAGGCCUGACACCUGAACUUCACCCCCUCACACAACCCCUUCUCCAGAGAUGAGGACUGUCGCGGGUCCCAAGGGAAGCCGAGGUGGGGCGGGAAUAGUCUGAGUUGGCGGCUCCUUUAGGCUCUUGACCUCAUGACUUAGCCUGUCCCAGUUUUCAGGGACCAGGAGUCUAACGAGAACCUGGAGGAACAGCAUGGGGGGUAUCUGGGGGGUAGGGGUUGUUGUCUCACAUCAGAGUACCCUGUAAGCUUAAGGGCCCGUUCCCCAGUCCCCUCAGGCUGCUGACGCCGGGCUGUACAAGCUCUUACCACCCUCGCGCGGUCGCUGUUGUUGCGGUCGCUAUGACGACGGGUCGCGGUUUUAUUUUUAAUAGCGGUCGACGAUUAGAGCAGUGCCUGCGCCCAGCUCCCCGUGGCUCCCGCGUCCCGGAGAAUGCAUCCAGGCCUAGCCUCAUUCUCGUCCCUGAUGUCCCCUUGCGUCUUCAGAAUUCCUUUGAUUUCCAGCUGGGCGUCCCUGCUGUGCCAAGAGAGUAAGAGGAGAGAAAAAGCACUGAACUAGGCGGGGUCCCCAGGAACCCGCAGCCUCCAUGCGGAGGUGGUGGCCGGACGGGCGCGGCAUCCCCUCAGCAAUGCAACCCGAUCUUCUUCCUGGAUUGUCACAUCCACACCGGGUCGUCGAACCCCAAAGAGGUGUCCUCUGUUCCUCUCUGCCUGUGAGAAGGUUGAGGGCUUGGCAGGACAGGAUGCGCAGAACAAUCGGGAUAAAACGGUGAGGAACUCGACUCGGAUACAGCGUGCUCCUGGUAGUUGCUGCCAGAAGCCAUCCAGUGACUCUCCCUCUUCAGGGCAGCACAAAGUUUCACCAGUACGCACAAGGCCUGGGCUUUCGAAGACCUCGAGGUGGGGCGCUUCUCAACAUUUUCCAGACUCCUUCUUUAGGCCAAGAGAGGGUGUCCUCUUAUCUCCUGAGCAUCCCGAGGUGUUAGGGCAGGGGUGUGACGAUGGGGCCUGCAGGCCUAGGGAAGUCUGUGGAACUGCCUUAGAUUUGGGCUCCAAAGAUCUUCAGCAAACUCCCCCCGCCCCCCUCCUCACACCAGGUAUUUGGGGCUAGGUGAGCCGCCCUCGUAGGGCCCUUCCAGCUCGGCCUUUGAAAUGCAGGAACCCGGGGAGCUGGGGAUGAAAGGCUCUUGCCCGGCUGCGCCUUUGUCUGGGGACAAAGGAGAUUGGUGGGGGAUUCGACCCGGGCAGGGUGCACGGGUUAAUUCACAUGAAAGGAAGUGAACUGGACAGGCGGUAUUCUGUUGCAUCCCUACCCAUGGAGCGCUCCAUAGUCUCCAGAGCCAUAGGCUCUGUCUAGCUUUGGGAUUUGAAAGGUCCACAAUCUUCUAACUCCAGUGCAUGUCAAGAAGCUGACAGGACUGGCCUUGCCGUCGGGUCACAUCCCACCAGGAAUCCAUCUCUCAGUGGGAGAACCGUCCAGCCCUGAUCAGACUUCUGUCCGCGUGUGCCUUCCCCGCCACUCGGUCUGUACUGUGCCUUGGCCGGAGGUGGCGCUCUGUGCUCCCUUGGAUCCCAAGGCAGAACCCUGGAGUUCCUCACCCGUGGCUUCUUUUCUAUGUUUCCUUCUAUCCCCUCAGCUCCCAGUUCAGGGUGCGGCUGGGCCUUCGGCCAGGGGCUAAGGAUCUGGAGGGUGCAGGGUGUCAAGGUGGCGAUGAGGCAGGCGGCAGCCUCCUCCCCGACCCUAGCCUCGCUUCCACUUCCAGACAAGAGUGCAAGUUCCUCAAUCAGGUGUCUCAGGCUUUGGCUCUGGGGCGCGGGCGCGUGGCAGCCGUCAGGUGAGUGCCCUAGACGCGCCCCUAAACCCGCCCCGCCUCUCCGCAAAGACUCACUCCCCCUCCUUUUAUGGAGAGGGGAAGGCUGGAGCACUGGAUCCUUACAGUGGGAAGCGGCCCGAGCGCCGGGCGGGGGCCAAGCCGACUCUCAUGCCCUUUUUGGCGCAGCAGCUCUGGGCGCUGCCCUUUACUGCCGCUGGGGCCCGAGAGAGAGGCGAGCCGGAGACGGCCGUGCUUCUGCAGCGGCCUCCUCCCCUCCCCGCCCGGUGCCGCAGGAUUGCAGCUGGCACUGAAGGGUGGGCAAGCUCGAGGGAGGGGCGCUCCGGGAGCCCCGGCGCCUGUGGGCUCCGAGCCGCGGGCGCCGAGCUUGGAUGGAUUUAGCUGCCUGCGUGAGCGCGUGUGUGGCCACUGCAGUGGCGGUAGCGGCCGGGCCCGAUCUGGCACGCCAGACCCCUGAGCGCUUCCGAGGAGCCCGGCUGGAGCGCCCGCCCCGCGGCCUCGCCUCCCUGCCGAGCUUCCAGCGCCUCGGGACGCGAUGAGGACCUGGGCUUGCCUGCUGCUCCUCGGCUGCGGAUACCUCGCCCAUGCCCUGGCCGAGGAAGCCGAGAUACCCCGGGAGUUGAUCGAGCGGCUGGCUCGAAGUCAGAUCCACAGCAUCCGGGACCUCCAGCGACUCUUGGAGAUAGACUCCGUAGGGGCUGAGGAUGCCUUGGAGACAAGCCUGAGGGCCCAUGGGUCCCACGCCAUUAAGCAUGUGCCCGAGAAGCGGCCUGUGCCCAUUCGUAGGAAGAGAAGUAUUGAGGAAGCCAUUCCCGCAGUUUGCAAGACCAGGACGGUCAUUUACGAGAUACCUCGGAGCCAGGUGGACCCCACAUCGGCCAAUUUCCUGAUCUGGCCCCCAUGUGUGGAGGUGAAACGCUGCACCGGCUGCUGUAACACCAGCAGUGUCAAGUGCCAGCCCUCAAGGGUCCACCACCGCAAUGUCAAGGUGGCCAAAGUGGAGUAUGUCAGGAAGAAGCCAAAAUUGAAAGAGGUCCAGGUGAGAUUGGAGGAACACCUGGAGUGUGCAUGCGCGACCUCCAACCUGAACCCAGACCAUCGGGAGGAGGAGACGGGAAGGCGUAGGGAAUCAGGUAAAAAGCGGAAAAGAAAAAGGUUAAAACCCACCUAAGGCGGCCGACCAGAUGUGAGGUGAGACGAGCCGGCCGCCCUCUCCCGGGACACGGAUGUACGUGGCGUGUGACAUUCCUGAACAUACUAUGUAUGGUGCUUCAUUGCCAAUGUGCGUGCGGUCUUUGUUCUCCUCCGUGAAAAACUUGUGUCAGAGGACAAAGAGACAGUGUCCGUUUGUUCAGUGUGACAUCAAAGCAAGUACUGUAGCACUCGGAGAGACAGUGAGAAAGCUUCCUUGUCACAGAGAGCGAAAACAAAACCACAAAAA